GUCGUACAUGCUCCCGAGUCGACGAUGUCCCUGGUGCUUGAUCUGUGUGCCACCGCUGUCCUGGGGACUGCGAUAAGCAUCGUCUAUUGGGUACUGAAGCAAUGGUGGCUCGACGCACAGUACGGGACGUUCUUACCACCAGGUCCGAGGCGGAUACCGCUGGUCGGAAAUGCUCAUCAAUUGGGGCUUGAUGGUCAACACAAGACACUUUCAGACUGGAGCAAGCGCUACGGAGAUGUCAUCUUCAUGCGCGUCUUCAACAAGCCGGCACUCGUGCUGAACUCUGCCGAGGCCGCGCGCGACCUCCUGGACAAGCGAAGUGCGAAGUACUCCGACAGACCUCACUUUACACUCCUCGUCGACAUGUUCGGCUCGGAUCCAAAUCCUGCGCUCAUGCCAUACGGCCCGUGGUGGAGGCAGCACCGAGUAUGGCUGCACUCCGGCCUGAUGGACAAGGACAAUCUCGUUGGGUACCAGCCUAUCUUGCGCAAGGGGACAGGUAGACUCCUCUCGACACUCAUCGAUUCGCCGGAUGAUUUUAUCGCACACGUUAAAAGGUUUGUGGGUGGUUUGAUGUUGGAAAUCGCAUACGGGCAUACGGCUGCGUCUGCAGAUGACGAGCUAAUCAUGCUGGCAGACACCGUGGUCCGCGAAGCGAUGGAUGAAGGCAGCAUUGCGGGAACGCUGGUCGAUUAUUUUCCGUCUCUCAGAUACAUACCUGCCUGGUUUCCGGGCGGUGGAUUCAAGCGACGAGCUGCCCGGAUCCACGGUAUGAUGCGCGAGAUGUACGAUCGGCCGUACGAGCAGGCAAAGGCAGCAGUGGUAAGUCCCGAGUACUACCUCCUAUCACCUUGCUCAAGCUACUUCUCCGUAGUCGCGUGGAACGGCAAGGCGUCGUUCUUGACUACCUUGCUCGAGAGCUUGGCCACGGACGGCGACUUGACGCCCGAACAUGAAGAGCACCUGAAGGGCGCUGCGAUCGUUCUAUAUACAGGCAAGCCCCAGCAGCUAUUAACAUGCGGCACGGAUACGACGAGCACCGUCCUCGCGAGCUUCUUUCUCGCCAUGACCCUGUAUCCUGAGGUCGUCAAGAAAGCGCAAGACGAGAUCGACCGCGUCGUCGGUAAUGCGCGAUUACCCGACUUCGAAGACAGAAGCUCCCUCCCGUACCUCGAAUGCAUCUUGUCCGAGCUAUAUCGAUGGAACCCCCCACUGUAUCUCGGUGUCCCGCAUCGUCUCACGACAGACGACGAUUACCGGCGCUGGCACAUCCCCAGAGGCUCUAUGAUCAUUCCCAACAUAUGGUGGAUGCUACGGAAUCCAGAACGGUACCCCGCCCCGGAUACAUUCCACCCAGAACGCUUUCAGGAGAUGGAUCCGAUCGUAGCCGACGCCACAAAUCCUCGCAACCUAGUCUUUGGUUUUGGUCGGCGAAUAUGUCCCGGACGCCAACUUGCGGACCAGACUCUGUGGCUCGCUAUCGCAAACAUCCUAGCCGUGUUCAACAUCCAUAAGGCACGCGAUGCGGAUGGAAAUGAGAUCACGCCGGAAGCUGUGUUUGUGUCGGGAGGUAUCAGCCACCCGAGGCCCUUCAAGUGCGAGAUCCGACCGCGUUUGGAGAGUGCUGCCAGUCGUGUGCAAUGUCUGGCUGGCAGUGUGACCUGAGUUCGCGAGAUAGUCGGGCAUGGCAGAUUUCGGGCUAUUCAUCGAGUGUUGAAUGAUGGGUAAGACAUAGCACGUCGCGUAUCCUGCUGGUGAAGCCGCGCCACGGUUUUUGCGCAUGGUGUAGCGAAAACAAACGCACGACUGGUACAUUAUGCCUUGGCUGUACACUAGAAACGUUCGCUUUACGGCAAUGUUGUACUAGUCUGUCUUCAUCAGAAUCUCAAUCUAUGCAAGGUACACAUA